GGCUGCAUCGCUGGACUAUGCGCGAAUAUCAUCUGCUCUGAAAUAAGAUAGCGGAUUGUGGAAUAACAGAAGACCGAGGGUACGCUGAUGGAGAGCUGAUACUAACAUGUGGUGGCUUCCCUUAAUUAUGUUUACAUCCCCGACGUUUCCAUUCAUCCUCUAUUUAUGCAUCGGGCUAUCUGAGGCGGCACCACGCAUUAUCUCCAACGAUGCAUUCUCUAUCAUGCGAAAUAAUCGUGGCGUCUCCGACACGGAUCUCGUGCGACUAAAUAACAAUGACCAGACCUAUUCAUCGGCAGAGAAUUCAGCUCGUUUUGCAUUUUCGGGGCUCACUCCGGCUCCUACCAUAUUAUCCCCUGGAUCAUCCUCGUCACAUGUCGCCAGGACAACAGUUACUACCGUGGAGCCCCCUACCACGGACCCCACCACCCCAGCCGUCUCGGUUACUCCGUUGGUAGGUUAUCUACCUGGCGUCUAUGACCGACAAAUAUCAGACCGGAGAUCAGCUGAGUCGGUGGCCUCUUUCGCACCGCAGUCAAAACCCCUGCAGAAGUCACAGGACAGCAGUAACAGGUCUCCACUUUUACCUGCAUCGCAGAAUUUUCAAGAGCCUGGGGUGUGUAACUGCAGUGGCGAGGGUGUGCAGGACCCGUACGACUGUGAGGCGGCGUCGGGCCAGUGCCUGUGCCUGUCGGGCUACACGGGGCUGCAGUGUGAGGACUGUGAGGAGACCUACUUCACCAACGGCACCAGCGGCUGCCUGCCCUGCGGCUGCGACUCCUUUGGCGCCCUGAGCGAACUCUGUGACAGCUCUGGGGUGUGUGCGUGCAAGACGGGCGUGUACGGGCCCAAGUGUGAUGACUGCCAGCCAGGCUUCUUCCAUUUCAGCAGCACGGGUUGCCAGCCGUGCCAGUGCAACAACCACACCGAGCACUGCGACACCCAGUCAGGGGUCUGUCUGGACUGCCAGGGGAACACCCAGGGCCAGAACUGUGAGGAGUGUGUGCCCGGUUCCUACCGUGGGCUUGGGGAAGGUGCGAGGGACGCUUGCCUCCGAUGCCCCUGCUCCAACCUCACCUCCUCUGGAACCUGCCAUGCUGACUCAACAGGCCGUGCGGUGUGUGACAAGUGUAAGGCCGGCUUCGCGGGCGUGACGUGUGAUGCCUGCAGCGACGGCUACUACCGCUCGGGCAGCGUGUGCGUGCGCUGCGAGUGCAACGGGAACGCCGCCGCCCGCUCCAUGCCGCGCCUGUGCCACCACGACACUGGGCACUGCCUGAGCUGUGCCAACAACACGGCCGGGCGGCACUGCGAGCUCUGUGCCCCCGGCUACACUGGCGACGCCCGCACGCACAACUGCACUCCCAGAGCGAGAGAGCAGCUCCCAGGCCCCGACUCUUCCGGCGGUGGCGGAGGCUCUGCGAAUCCAAGUGCCCUGGCCCCAGCCGCAGCCGCAGCGCCCCCCUCCAGCUCUCCGCCCAACUCCAGCUGGCCCCUGACCCCGGCCACCCCGGCCCUGCUGGCCUCGCUGCUGCCCGGCCUGGUGGUGGCGGCACCCACGCGCAACUCCACGGCGGCCGCCCUGACGGUGGUGUCCUGGACGCAGUUCAACGUGGUGGUGCUGGCCGUCAUCAUCGCCGUGGUGGUGCUGCUCAUGGGCUUCGUGGCCGGCGUCUACACCUACCGCGAGUACCGCAACCGCAAGCUCAACGCGCCCUUCUGGACCAUCGAGCUGAAGGAGGACAACAUCAGCUUCAGCAGCUACCACGACAGCAUCCCCAACGCCGACCCCGCCGGACUGCUGGACGACGAGCCGUGCCCCGUGGCGCCCAACGGACAGCUGGCGCUCACCACCACCACCACCACCAGCACCAGCGCCACCAGCACCACCACGCCCAACCUGUACCCCAAGGCGUGAGUGAGGAGACGCACGUGCGUUGG